AUGAGCCCUGCCUGCCCCGUCUCGCCUGGUCCCAUUGACAUUGCCGAGGCAGAGCACCGACUCCAUCACCAUCACUCCAUCACCCUCACUCUCAUCAUCGUCCACCAGUCCCCUCUGAAUCCCACCAUGUGCGGUCCAGAAACCUCAGAUAGGCCCCGCGGCGGUGCGCUGGCCGCCCUCAUGUCUCCCUCGGUUGCCGGCGUGGAUCCGGCCGUCUCGAUUCGCGGCGACCUGACCUUUCACACCCCCGGCCGGCCCGGCAGCACCGAGGCAACCCACGCCCGACUGACGCCAGAAGCCGCGCGCGAAAUGAGCGCGUUGGGCGAUCUUCACGUUGUUAUCCAUACCAGCGGAGAUCUGACGAGGUCCGCCGAGGACUGCGGCCUCUUCCGCAGCUUCGAUCUGCCGGGUUUCGAAUCGCUACGUACGGCAGACCACGUCGAACUCUCACUCGACGAGCCGCUGUCGCUCGAGGUCGGGAAUGGCAUCAUUGGCAGACGGGUCUCUCUAUGCUCUCGCCGACCCUGCGGGCAGGAAGUCAUCGUGGCCGAAGGCAUUGUCGGGUUCAACUUUGCCGAGUCAUCGCAACCUCAGCUGUGA